GUUUUCUUGUUGGUUUUCUUGCAAGAGUUUAUAGAGAGGUGAGACCAAGUAAUUUUGGGUUACAACAGAGAAACCAAAGUAACGAAAAAGAUGGAUAUAGAUGGGAUCUUGGGUAACGGAGAUUCGAAGCUAGGCAAAUCAAGCAUACCCAGGCGACGACAAUGGGUUAAAAGAAGAGAAACAUGGCUGGUUAUUCUUGGUGUCAUCCUCCAUGCCGUUUACAUGUUAAGCAUCUUCGACAUCUACUUCAAGACCCCCAUUGUUCAUGGCAUGGAUCUUGUCUCCCCUCGCUUCUCUCCUCCUGCUAAACGCCUUGUUCUUCUUGUUGCGGAUGGUUUACGUGCUGAUAAAUUUUUCGAGCCAGAUUUGGAAGGGAAUUUCAGAGCACCCUUUUUAAGAAAUGUGAUUAAGAAUCAAGGUCGAUGGGGAGUAUCUCAUGCUCGGCCUCCAACGGAGUCAAGGCCUGGACAUGUUGCUAUAAUUGCUGGUUUCUAUGAGGACCCUAGUGCAGUUACAAAAGGAUGGAAAGCUAAUCCAGUUGAAUUUGAUUCAGUUUUUAAUCGGAGCCGGCAUACAAUUUCUUAUGGUAGUCCAGAUAUUGUUCCAAUAUUUUGUGGUGCUUUGCCGCACAGCACUUGGGCUACAUAUCCCCACGAGUUUGAAGACUUCGCUACUGAUGCAUCCUUUUUGGAUGAAUGGUCUUUUGAUCAAUUUCAGAGCCUGCUGAAUAGGUCCAAUGAAGACCCAAAGUUGAAAAGGUUACUUGAACAAGAUAAUCUUGUUGUAUUUCUGCAUCUACUUGGUUGUGAUUCAAAUGGUCAUGCACAUCGUCCCUUUUCAUCUAUUUAUCUCAACAAUGUAAAGGUUGUUGAUCAUAUUGCCGAACGUGUUUAUAAUCUUCUUGAGAAUUACUACAAGGACAAUCGUACAUCAUAUAUCUUCACAGCUGAUCAUGGAAUGAGUGACAAAGGAAGUCAUGGGGAUGGGCAUCCUUCAAACACUGAUACUCCUCUAGUUGUCUGGGGAGCUGGCGUAAAACAUCCCAGGCCAGUCACUGCAAAAGAUCACUCGGAUCAUGUUCUUCGUUUUAUUGAUCAACAUUUGCAUGACACGCCAACACCUAAAGAAUGGGACCUCGAUGGCAUCGAAAGAGUUGAUGUCAAUCAAGCUGAUAUUGCACCGCUCAUGUCAACUCUUCUUGGUUUGCCUUGUCCAGUCAAUUCAGUCGGGAAUUUACCUCUUGGUUACGUUGACAUGAAAGAGGAAGAAGAAGUAGAAGCUGUGCUAGCUAACACAAAACAGAUUCUGAACCAGUUUCUGCGCAAAUCACAAAUAAAGCAAUCACAUUCACUGUUUUUCAAGCCUUUCAAGCCACUUGCGUCUUACUCCUCUAUGUUGAAUCAAAUUGAGGAAUUGCUAAGUGCUAGAGACUAUAAAGCUGCCAUGCAGCUAUCAGAAAAUCUAAGAAGCUUGGCACUGAAAGGACUUCAUUAUUUUCAAACUUAUGAUUUGCUGAUGCUGAUGGCCAUGAUUACUCUUGGAUAUAUCAGUUGGAUGGUCUUUCUUGUUCUUCAUGUUCUGCAAGCUUAUACUUUAUUGCCAGGAGAUAUAUUUAGAAAGGAGGAAGCCGUUCGCCAGAAAUCUAAUACAGGAAAAGCUCAGCUAUGUGGCUGUCUGUUUAUGGCAGUAGUCAGUGUUCUGCUAUUUCUGGAGCGCUCCCCUCCACUUUACCAUGCAUACUUUGCCAUGACGAUAUUUCUCUGGACGCAAAUACUAAAUGAAUAUAAGUUUAUAAAAGCACUUUGGAGAUACUUACGUGGGAGAGAAUCCGACUAUGUCAUUAAACUUCUGGCCCUUGUCGUGGUCUCAGUGAUCAUUCUUGAGCUCCUGGUGCAUAGCUUCACUGAGAGAAAACUCUACACUUGGUGCUUCCUCAUAGUCGGAGCCAUAGCUUCUAUAUAUCUUUACAAAUCAAUUCCAUGGAGAUCUGGAAUUCCAGUUUUUGUUUGUCUCACUUGUUGGUUCUUGUCUCUAUUUACUUUAAUGCCUGCUGAAAUUCCUGAUAAUAAUAAGUUGGUAAAUGCUAGUGGAGUGAUGGUUAUUGUAAUAGGAUUAACUGGAAAGUGGCUUGACCUAAAAGCUGGUGUGAAUAGAUUCUGGUUUGGCAUUUGUAAUCAUGAAAAGAGACAACCCAGGUUUCCUAUGCUCUUUCAAUUACAGGCUCUUUUGGUUGGAUUAUCAUCGGUAAUGGUGUUUUUAUCUACAUCUCACAGAACAGUGAAGCAAGAACUACACACAAUACACCAGUUGAUGAACUGGUUCAUUGCUGGUUUCUCGAUGAUUCUCCCAUUGUUUUCAGAAAAUGGCCUCUUGUCCAGGCUCAAUUCUAUAUUUCUUGGUUUUGCACCACCGUUCCUUCUAUUAUCUAUUGGAUAUGAAGCUGUCUUCUAUGGUGCGCUUGGUCUUGUGCUAAUUGCAUGGAUACUAUUUGAAAACUCGCUUCUCUACGUGCGUAAGGUGAACAAAUCUUCUGCUUCUGGAAAGAACUUGGGGGAACAUGCCUUCCUUGAAAAUGAUACUCGAUAUUUGCAGCUGUCUGAUAUGAGAAUACCUUUAACCUUUAUGGUCUUAUUUAACGUGGCCUUCUUUGGGACGGGAAAUUUCGCAAGUAUAGCUAGUUUCGAGAUUUCAUCAGUCUACAGGUUCAUCACUGUUUUUAGUCCCUUUCUGAUGGCAGGACUCCUCAUCUUCAAGUUAUUCAUACCAUUCCUGCUUGUUAUAUGUGCAUUCAGUGCAAUAACCAAACUACUCGAAGUUCCAAGAAUAGGAUGCUACUUCCUCGUUAUUCUUUGUUCAGACGUGAUGACAGUCCACUUCUUCUUUCUGGUGAAGAACACGGGGAGCUGGAUGGAAAUUGGUAAUAGCAUUAGCCAUUUCGGAAUCAUGAGUGCCCAAGUUGUGUUUGUGCUGCUACUUUUUGCUCUCACAAAUAUAUACACGAAAGACAUUGAAAUCAGAUCAGGGAGUCGAGAUUCCCGAAAAGUAAUGUGAUUCACGAGAAACCAGAACUCAUUAGCAUUAUAAAUAGCUAGCCAAAUUUAUUACCAAGGUAAAAGCAUUUAGUUUCUCAGAUUCUAUGGCUUUCGAGGCCUUUGGUUCAUCAGCCAUGGAUGAAAAUUUUGUUUCUUCCAUUUCACAAUAUGCUUGCUGUUAGCUUUGAGAAAAUAAGAUUCAUGGGAUUUUCCAAGUGAUAUUGAAUCUUUUUUUUUUUUUUUGAAAUUGAAGUUUGCUUGUGAUAGUGAAGCCGUUUACCUUGA